UGCCACAUUCCCGUGUUCCCAAACCCCGUUCCCCAAUUCCCAAUUCCCAGGUGGAGAAGCUGGCCCUGACCCUUUCCCCACAUUCCCAAAUCCCAUUCCCAGUUCCCCAUUCCCAGGUGGAGGAGCUGGUCCAGACCCUGUUCCCACAUUCCCACAUUCUCAAACCUCUUCCCUGAUUUCCCAAUUCCCGUGUUCCCAGGUGGAGAAGCUGGCCAGGACCCCGUUCCCACAUUCCCCAAUUCCCAAAUCCUGUUCCCCCAUUCCCGUAUUCCGGAUUCCCAAUUCCCAGGUGAAGAAGCUGGCGCGGAUGCUGUUCCCCCGUUCCCCCAUUCCCAAUUCCCUUUUCCCCGCUCCCAGGUGGAGAAGCUGACCCUUUUCUCUCAUUCCCCCAUUCCCACAUUCCCAAUUCCCGAUUCCCAGGUGGAGAAGCUGGCGCGGACGCUGUUCCUCUGGAAGAUCGACGUGCACGAGCAGAAGGAGCGCGUCUCCGAGAUGCGCCGCUGGAACGAGGCGCUGGUGGCCAACAUGCUGCCCGAGCACGUGGCCCGACACUUCCUGGGCUCCAAAAAGCGUGACGAGGAGCUGUACAGCCAGUCGUACGAGGAGAUCGGGGUGAUGUUCGCCUCGCUGCCCAACUUUGCUGAUUUCUACACCGAGGAGAGCAUCAACAACGGCGGCAUCGAGUGCCUGCGCUUCCUCAACGAGAUCAUCUCCGACUUCGACGGCCUCCUGGACGAGCCCCAGUUCCGCUGCAUCACCAAGAUCAAGACCAUCGGCAGCACCUACAUGGCCGCCUCCGGGGUCACGCCCGACGCCGGCGCCAACGGGUUCGGAGCUGUGGUGAGCUCGGGAUCCGGCUCUGGACACCCCUGGGAUUGUGGGAUCGCUCCCUUCCUCCUGGUCCCCAUCCCCGUGUGCCAUCCCCAAAUCCCAUCUCUGUAUCCAAUCCCCAAAUCCCAUUCCAUCUCCAUGUGCAUUCUCCAUCACCUGGCCGACCUGGCCGACUUCGCGCUGGCCAUGAAGGUGACGCUGAUGAACAUCAACUACCAGUCCUUCAACAACUUCAUGCUGCGCAUCGGGAUGAACAAGGGCGCGGUGCUGGCCGGGGUCAUCGGGGCGCGCAAGCCCCACUACGACAUCUGGGGCAACACGGUCAACGUGGCCAGCAGGAUGGAAUCCACCGGAGUCAUGGGCAACAUCCAGGUGGUGGAGGAGACGCAGCAGAUCCUGAAGGAAUACGGAUUCCGCUUCGUCCGGGGCGGCGCCGUCUACGUCAAGGGCAAAGGGGAACUCCUGACGUUUUUCCUGAAGGGCCGGGAAAAACCGGGAUCGUUCCUUGGAGCCGCCGCUGUGCCCCUGCCCCACCAGGUGCUGGAAAAUUCCUGAGGAUUCCUCAGGAAUAUCCGCCGGGAUCCGCAACCCAUCCCCUCCUUCCCGGAGGCUUUUUGGGUUUUUUUUGGAGUGGGGCAGGUGUGGAUUUUAUGCAAAGGCGGAUCUGGGUUUUUUGGUUUUUUUCCCCGGGAUUUUCCGCCGCGGGAAUGCCGGACUUGGAGUGGUGGCAGCGAUUCCAGGAGAUCCAAACUCAGGGAUGGUUGGGAAGAUUCAGCGGGAGCAAAUCUGGGAUUUGCUGGAAAAUUCCUCCCGAAUUCCUCCCGGAGCGCGGCAGGGAGGAGCUGGGAGAGCUCGGAUCCGGGUCCGGCUUGGAUUUGGGGAAGGACGGGAGUUGUGUGGUCCAGAUCCAUAAAUUUUAUCAGAGAAAUGACGGAUUUUCGUUUGUGCCCUGUGGCCAGGAUCGGGGUUGGGAUCGGGAUUGGGAUUGGAUCGGGAUCGGUCUCUGGAUCAGGAUCGGGAUUGGCAUUGGGGUCAGGAUUGGGAUCAGGAUCAGGAGUGAGAUUGGGAUCAAGUUUGGGAUCAGAACUGGAAUUGGAAUAGGGAUCAGGAUCGGGAUCUGGAUCUGGAUUGG